GUUUUGCAUGAAGGCACUCUGUAUAUAAACCGCGCUUCAACGAUUAAACACAGACUCGAGCUUCCCAGAUAGAGCAGUCAAGAUGAAGGUUUAUAUCCAGUUGUGUCUUGUUGGUAUUCUGUGUGCUAUUGCCAGCGCGAAAAAAUGCAUUAUAUCUGCGGAUUGCAAGAAUAAUCAAGGUCGAGAAGUAUGCUACAACCAAGAGUGCCACAAAGACAUACCGUGCAACAAGGACAACGACUGUUUCUUCUGGGGUGCUGCGGAUGUUGCUUACAAUUUCCCUCACCCCAGAUGUUAUGAUUUCCCUCACGUCCAGAGGGAACCAGGAUACGGAACCUGCCUGCUCGUCGAAUUCGCAGAUCACCUGUUCAACAGAAUACCCGGUGAGGAUGUCGCGAAUAUCAAGGAGGACGAUCCUACGCAAUAGAAAGCUGUUCCAAAAUCUUCAACAAUGGGAUUUUCAACUACAUGUAAAACAAUAAUAAGAUAGACAGUAUGCUUCAAUGGUGAUCACGACUUGUGCAGAAGUUCGUAAUAAAUAAUUCAAAUCAA